UUCUACACUAGGUAGAGACACAACGCUGUUGAAUCAAAUUUACUUAAGCACUUCCGCUAACUGCAGCGUCGUUAACUAAAGCUAACUAAACUAUACUACAUUUAAUUUUUCCCCGACCUAAUUCUUUUAUAACCAGGCUGUACCGUAGUUAACAUGGGUAAGCCACGAGGUCUUCGCACUGCGAGAAAACACGUGAAUCACCGACGUGAACAACGUUGGAAUGAUAAAGACUACAAAAAAGCUCAUUUGGGAACACGCUGGAAAGCUAACCCUUUUGGAGGAGCUUCUCAUGCUAAAGGGAUUGUUUUGGAAAAAGUAGGAGUUGAAGCCAAGCAGCCUAACUCUGCUAUUCGUAAGUGUGUCAGAGUACAGCUUAUUAAAAACGGCAAGAAGAUAACAGCUUUUGUACCUCGUGACGGUUGUCUAAAUAAUAUUGAGGAAAAUGAUGAGGUAUUAGUUGCUGGAUUUGGACGUAAAGGUCAUGCCGUUGGUGACAUUCCUGGUGUUCGUUUCAAAGUGAUUAAAGUUGCAAAUGUAUCAUUACUUGCCUUGUACAAGGAAAAAAAAGAACGCCCAAGAUCGUAGGAAUAAAAUAAUGUAUUUCUACGUAUUAUAAAUAAAUUCAAAACAAU